AUGGCUGACCCAAACUCGGCUCAGCUCAACCGGCCCUGGCACAGUCGAGAGAAGCCGGACGCUGCGCGACUCCAAUCAGCCGUCCAACAACUGUGCAUCUCACGCGAACAGGUCGCCGAGCUGCAAGGUUACAUCAAGAGGCUCCUGGACGAGGAAAGAGAUGCCCAGCAAUUCCCUAUCGAACUGCUGCUCAUAGGGAGGUUUCAGCGUGAGUGGGAAGCAUGGCUCAAGACGCCCUUGGACCAAACGCACUCAGCUCUCAGGGACUGCGUCGCCGCCUUGCGACAGGGCAUUCCCCUUCUCCAGCCCUCGACGGCGCGGUUGGCCCCGAUCAAUGAUGCUUCAGUACAAGAUGGUCACACAGUUGCCCUCGGCUCUUCCCACGGAUCUGAUACUGGACCCGUCACCCAGCGAAGCGGAUGGCCAAGCACUGUUCAAUCGUUCCCGUUGACCUCCCUGACGCCUCCGACUACACGCGACUCACAAACACGCGCCGACGAUUCCACGAGUGGUCCACUCGAAUCCUUCAGGAGGCGCUGUGUUGGACACUUGCCUGGCCUCAGCCAUGAGAUCUUCGAAAUACACGACAUUCCCAAGCGCAACCCCACGCUGGUCAUAGUCGAGAACGGCCCGGUCGGCAUCAGUCCCGUCAUCGAGUCCUCAGCGAGCGGGAACGAACCCGACAGUCCCAUUCUGGGCGACAAGCUGGUCGUGGCUCCUCUCAGCAGCACCGACCCCGCAGGGCAAUACCAGGCCGAUGACACCUCGAGACCGCAAAGGCCGCUCCGCGGGACUCAGAACACCGAACCCAGCAAAGCGCCGCUCUCUGGCGGCAGCUCUUCACGCCAGUCCGUCCGGGCAGGACCCUCGCUCCGCGACCCCGGGCACGCCGACGCAAGCCACCGGCAUCAACAACGCCUCCCGAACCUGCGCCCCCCUCUCGCAGACGCAUGCCCUCCACGCCCGACCCUGCGAGCAACAACCAAGCGCCUCUCCGCCCCGCCGUCCAGCAGCGCCCCUCUCACUGAACAACCACCACCGCGCUGCCGCCCAACCACCCACCCCAGCCUCACCCCUACCCUAGCCAACACCACCACCACGCACACUCCCAACAACGUCAUGAUCAGCAACAGUAGUCACAAGAGUACCAGCUCUCAGCCUCCAAAAGCAAGCGCCAUUGCUCCCCACGCCCACCGCCGCCAUCCACCCACCAGCAGCCUGCCAAGCAGCACCCUCCUCCUCCAUCCAGGCUCCGCGGAGACAGAAGAAGUUGGCGCUCGCGCCCGAGGCCCAGCUCCGGGCUGGGGCCCGGCUUCCGUCUGA